AUGUACAGCUUCAUGGGAGGUGGGUUGUUCUGUGCUGGAGUCGGGAACAUACUCCUCAUUGUCUCCACGGCAACUGACUACUGGAUGCAGUACCGUCACUCCAGCAAUUACAUGCACCAGGGUCUGUGGCGGUACUGUGUUCCCGGGAAAUGCAUGGCACACACAGACAGCAUUGCGUACUGGGAUGCCACCCGUGCCUUCAUGAUUCUUUCCCUGCUGGCUUGUUUCAUCGGCAUUGUGAUCGGCGUCAUGGCCUUCAUCCACUACUCCUCCUUUGAUGGGUUUGACAAGACGUUUGCAGCCGGCAUCCUCUUCUUCAUCUCCUGCUUCUUUGUGUUGCUGGCCAUGGCUGUGUACACAGGAGUGACAGUGAACUACUAUGGGAAACGCUAUGGCAGCUGGCGAUUCUCCUGGUCCUAUAUAAUGGGCUGGGUGGCAGUGGUGCUCACAUUCUUCUCAGGUAUCUUCUAUAUGUGUGCCUACCGGAUGCAUGAAUGCCCAAGAAACUCUAACUCACGCUGACCCGCCCAAGACUUCAACACACACACAUAAGCACUGGUCCAUCAUGUAUGGCCAAGAGGAACCAAUACUCCUACGGACUUCCCAACUACUUCCUGUUAAAUGGAAUAUUUAUG